CCAGCUCACGUCCUUCAUCUUGGCCACCCCUUUGCGGAUACAAAAACCGCAGCGCAUCGAGUCACGCCGACGACGAGUACGCUGUUGAGUUAAAAGGAUCUGGAUGUCUGUUACGCCCCGUGAGAUUGGGACGCUUGUCGUCGUCAUCCUCAAAGCGCAACAUCUCCCCAACAAACAGCGAAUCGGGAAACAAGAUCCGUUCUGCUCAGUAACACUCAACGGCGAGAGACGGCGUACACGCGCGAUCAAGCGCGGUGGGCAGCACCCAGAAUGGGAUGAGGAGGUCCGAUUCACGUUGUUUGAGGACACGGAGGACAUGCUAGCGCGGACCGCGUCGGAGUCUUCCAACAGUUUAAGCAGUAAUGGUGAGAGUGGCGGGAAGGGUACACCUCCGCCGCCUCCUCCGAAGGAGUCGUUGACACCGACGACGGCGAUGAAGAAGAGAAAAAAAGUGAAGGGUGGAAACUCGAUGCUUCUGGCUUGUUAUGCCGAUGACCCUAAGGAGCCGGAGCUCAUUGGCGAGACUGCUGUUGAUCUUACGGAAGUGCUCACGAAGGGAGAGACCGAUGAAUGGUUCACUCUUGCGAACAAAGACAAGUUUGCCGGGGAGGUGUAUCUGGAAUUGACGUUCUGGUCUAAUGAAAGGCCUCCAGAAAAGAAGAACAAAUCGCAACUCGUCAAACCGAACAAACAAUACGGUGGACCAGGCUCGUUUGUACCAUCAGACAGCGAGGGCAGCUUCGGCACUGUCGACAGCAGAAGCAGCAUCCCUUCUUCACUCCGCAGUGCCAGUUCCCUCGCGCAUCUGGAUCUUUACAACCCACCGUACGAACGGACAAUUCGUAGUCAAGGAACUGGGACGACGCUGGACCAAAUUGCCGAUGAAUUCGGUGGAUUGAGCGUUGCUCCUGGAUCAGGUGGGAGGAGACGUGAGAGCUAUCCACCACCUCGCACUGGACAUACACCCCGUCCAACUGACUCCGCCUUUUCAUCCGUCAGCUCGUCCCAUUCCUACCACUCGAAUGGAUACGCGUCAGAAGGGUAUGACUCCGGUUACGACAAUCCCACAACACCAAUUCCUCGAGGUCAUAGGCACUCGUUCGGCGAGCCAGGGCAAUCGUUCCCCGUGUAUCAAUCGCCGUAUGAGUCUGGUCCUGUUCAAUCGAGCGGAUUUUCUUCGGCUCGCCCGCGGUCUGUUUCUACAAUGUACAGCGUACCUUCGGCAUCUUCUGGAUUCUCAUCUGUAGCCACUCCGACUCCGUCUGGGUUUGCACCUGUGAAUACUCCGACUCCUUCUGGGUUCACGCAAGUGCCAACAGGAACGCCUGCGCCGUCUGGAUUUAUGCCACCCGGUGCUCAGGCUCCUGUACCUACUGGUUAUCCACCACAUCCGUCACAGACUCCCGUUCAGUACGGUUAUGGUCUCCCACCGACGCACACGCCCGCUCCUUCUGGUUUUGCGCCUCCUCCGUCGGCGAUGGGCUAUCACCAGCCUCCUACUCAUAUUCAACCGUACCCUCCGUAUCAGCACUAUCCACCUCCUCCAUCAAACUCUGCUCCUCCUGCAGUGUAUCAACCAGGACCAGGAUCUACUCUUCCGACACCACCAGGUCCACCAUCCUCAUUUCCAACUCCGCCGCAUUCUGCACCUCCACAGCAGUAUCCAAACGCUCCUUCGCCCUCACAUUCCGCCAUUGCUUCACAGCAGUAUCCAGUGUACCCACCGAAGACGCCUUCGCCUCCUCAACAAUAUUCUAUUCCUCCACCUCCGGCGCAGGUCCCUGGUUCUCGUCCACUACCGACGCCAGGGCAAAAAAAUGGUUCGCAUCCUGGAACGCCGCCACAUCCCUCUAUGCCACCAGCUCAGCAGGGAGUCAGUCCGACGCAUCCAGGUGGACAGCCGGCGUACUUUAAUACUCCUCCGCAUAUGCCAACUCAACAACAGCAGCAACAACCGCCGCAGCCGCAACAGCAAUUGUCACAUCCGUUGCCGACGCCACCCGGUCCUCCGUCGCAGCCGCCCAUGACUGCUGGUCCGCCUCCCGCUGUACCACAAAACGGGUUCGUUCCGCCCCCUCCUCCACCACCAUUAAGCAGACUUCCAGGUCCUCCACCUGUACCGCCAGCACAGGUAUAUCACCAUCAAAGCGCGUCCGACCCGUCACUUGGACGCGGGGGCUCACCAACUACUCGUCCUCCCUUGCCUCAACCACCAAUGGGCGCGAGCAACAGCGGACCAUUGCCUCCGCCAGGUCCUCCAUCUUUCCCUUCAAUUCCGAGCUCAGGAUUCCAACCUCCCCCACCUCCACCUCCUUUACCAGCGCGACGUAUCGUCUCAACGCCUCACCAUUCGCUUCCCCAGCCUCCUCAAGUGGCUCCUCCGAUGCCUCAGCUGCCGCGCAGUGUGAAGCCGGGUGAGAUAUUUAACCCUGGUCCACCGCCGCGUCCGCCUAUGCAGAUGGUGCAUGAAGGGAGCUCGGCGUUUUGGGGUGGGCCUCCUCAACAGUAAAUCCGAUAUAAACAUGGACUCGUGGAUUCGUACGUAGAUAAUUUGAUGACCUCGAUGAUUCUCUCUUUUUUCCUCCUUUCCUCUCUCUUUCCGUUGCCUUUUCCUUUCCUGUUUUGUCCUACUCGUCUUGCUCACAUCACACGCAACGCACAAGUCCGUCUAUCUGUAUUGUUCAUUGAUCCAUCUCAUCCUCUCAUGGACUAUGGACUUGGUCUGAUACUCUCUUCUUUCUUUUCUCUUUUCUCUAUAC